AUGGCAACUAAUAUAUCAUAUGGCGGCCCUAAUUCGGGGUUCCAAGUCGGACAGAACUAUGGCCAUAUUACUGCACAGUUCUCACAAUCGGAACUGUCGUCGAAUCAAGCGUGCCUACGGGAUCUGCGAACGACUAGUCCCCAUGAUGAUAAGGACCGCAUCGAAAGAACGAACGGAGGGUUGCUUAAAGACUUAUAUUGCUGGAUCUUAGACAACCAGCAGUUCAAACAUUGGCAAGACAACCGGAGCAGCCGUCUCCUCUGGAUCAAAGGUGAUCCUGGAAAGGGCAAGACAAUGCUUCUGUGCGGUGUUAUCGACGAAUUAACUCGUUUGAUUGGGUAUAAUGCAAACAUCGCCUUUUUUUUCUGCCAAGCUACCGAUGUGCGAAUCAAUAAUACCACUGCCGUUCUCCGUGGCUUGAUAUAUUCACUGGUUGAGAAGCAGCCAUCUCUUCUCUUCCAUGUGCAGAGCCGGUACAACCAAGCUGGCAAAGCCUUGUUUGAGGACAUAAACGCAUUGAGCGCCCUGUCAAAGAUCUUCAAGGAUAUUUUGAAAGAUCCGACCUUGCAAAAUACCUAUUUCGUGAUUGAUGCUCUUGACGAGUGCACAACAGAUCUCCCUUUCCUUCUGGACUUGGUUGUCCAGGAAUCAUCCGCCUAUUCCCACGUGAAGUGGAUUGUUUCGAGCCGUAACUGGCCUGAUAUCGAAGAGCGUCUGGACACUGCAACCCAGAGAACGCUGAUAUCAUUGGAGCUAAAUGAGUCGUCUGUGUCUGACGCUAUCCGCAAGUUUAUUAGGCAUAAAGUCCAGCAAUUGACAGAGGUCAAAAAGUAUACGGAUGAGAUCCGUGAUACUGUUCACCGUCACUUAUCCUCAAACUCGCAAGGCACUUUCCUGAAGCUUAAAGCGUUUCCUCCUGGGCUGAAUGCUUUAUAUAGUCGAAUGAUCGAUCAAGUUCGAAAGUCGGACGAUGCUGAGCUCUGCAAGCGAAUACUAGCUGUUAUGUCAAUUGUGUACCAGCCUAUCACACUUGACGAACUCACCGCGCUAGUUAAACUACCUGAUGAUCUCCCUAAUGACUAUGAAGCGUUCUUGCAGAUUAUCUCUAUUUGUGGCUCGUUCCUGACUGUACGUGAGAACGUUAUUGUUUUCGUCCACCAAUCAGCAAAGGAAUUCCUACUCGAAAAAGUGCGAAUCGAGGUGUUCCCAAGAGGCAAAGAAGCUGAACAUCUUCAAAUUUUCUCGCGAUCUCUGCAAAUUAUGUUCAAGACACUUCGACGUAAUAUCUUCGACAUUCCGUUUGUUGGAAUUUCAACCGAUGAAUUCACACAGCCUAGUCCGAAUCCUCUAGCAACCGCAAAAUACGCGUGUCGGUAUUGGAUUGACCACCUUCAGGACGGUUGGUGUGGUAAGGAUAAGGAUCACAGCCUUGAUGAUGGAGGAUACGUGGAUCGUUUUCUGCAGCAAAACUAUCUUCACUGGCUGGAAAGUCUUGGGAUUUUAGGAAGCGUGCCACAAGGCAUAACGGCUAUGCUGAAGCUGGAGGGCUUACUUCAAAACAAUGAAAACUCAGAGGCCCUGCUAUACCGGGCUCAAGAUGCGUCCCAGUUCAUUCGAUACUACAGAGAGGCAAUCGAGAACAGCCCCCUUCAAGUAUACAGUUCGGGCCUCAUCUUUAGUCCAACUAAAAGUACUACGAGGACGUGCUAUCAAAAUGAGAAGCCAGAUUGGAUAUUGAACAGCCCAGGAGUAGAUACAAACUGGAGUACAUGUCUCCAUACCUUCGAGGGACAUGGUCUUCAGGUGAACUCUAUUACCUGGUCCAAAGAUGGAAGCCGACUCGCGUCAGCAUCGCUUGAUAACACGGUCAAGAUUUGGGAUUCAGUCACUGGCCAGUGUGCGUCGACCUUAAAAGGGCACAGUGGUUCGGUCAACUCGGUUUGCUGGUCGCAAGAUGGAAGCCGACUUGUGUCAUCGUCACAUGAUAAGACGGUAAGAAUUUGGGAUCCUGCCACUGGUCAGUGCGUGUCAGUCUUCGAGGGGCAUAGUGAACAGGUCAACUCAGCUGUCUGGUCGCGAGACGGAAGCUUGCUCGCAUCGGCGUCUUGGGACAAUACAGUCAGGAUUUGGGACCCCGUUAAUGGCAACUGCGUGUUCAAUUUUCGAGGGCACACGGCUCCUGUUUAUUCCAUUUACUGGCAGAAUUAUGGACGCAAUCUUGCAUCGUUGUCCAUUGAUAAAGAAGUCAGGAUCUGGGAUACGGACACCGGCGAGUGUCUAUUCACAAUCGAGGGUGGCGACGGCGAGGGGGAUGGUUAUCCUGUCAUGUCAAUUGCCUGGUUGCCAAACGAAAGUCGACUCGCAUUAGUAUCGGUUAAAAUGAGGGUCGGGAUUUGGGAUUUGGCCACGGGAAAAUGCAUAUUAACCCUCGAGGGUCAUAAAAGCUGGAUCAAAUCAAUGGCAUGGUCGCAAGAUGGAAGCCAACUUGCAUCAGCAUCACAUGAUAAGACAGUUAGGAUCUGGGAUCCGACUACUGGUCAGUGCAAAUUUACCCUUGAGGGGCAUACUCAGCAGGUCAACUUGCUUGCCUGGUCGCAAGAUGGGAGUCGGCUCGCAUCGGCGUCCUGGGAUAAUACUGUCAAGAUCUGGGAUCCUUUAAAUGGCAAGGUCAUGUCGACUCUCGAGGGGCAUAGUGCUCCGAUUAGCUCAAUUUGCUGGCCGCAGGAUGGACGCCGACUCGCAUCAUCGUCUUUUGAUAAGACAAUCAGGAUCUGGAAUCCGGACACCGGCCACCUCGCAUACGUCUUUGAGAGACAUAGAGAUGAAGUUAUAUCAAUUGUGUGGUCACAGGACGGAAGCCGACUAGCAUCAGCGUCAUUCGACAGGACAGUCAGGAUCUGGGAUCCUGCUACCGGUCAGUGUAUAUUGACCAUCCGAGGUCAUAGUGGUCCGGUAUAUUCAAUUGCCUGGUCUCAAGAUGGGCGCCUCCUCGCGUCAGGGUCGGAUGACAAGACAGUCGGCAUUUGGAAUCCAGUAACCGGCCAGAGCAUGUCAACCCUCGAGGGACAUCGUCAGCAGAUCAACUCUGUUGCCUGGUCAAAAGACGGCAGCCGACUUGUAUCAACUUCCUUCGAUAAUACAGUGAGGAUUUGGGAUCCGAUUGCCGGCCAGUGUAUAUUGACCAUCGAAAGGAAUAGCGGAUGGUUUAGGUCGCUUGCAUGGUCGCAGGAUGGAAGCCGCCUUGCGUUAGCAUCUUCGGAUAACACAGUCAGACUCUUUGAUCCUUCCACCGGCGAGUGUGUGUUGAUCCUCGAGGGGCACAAUAAUCUGAUCUACUCAAUUGCAUGGUCGGAUGACGGAAGCCGGCUCGUUUCAGCAUCAGAUGACAACACCGUCAAGAUCUGGGACUCGGCCACCGGCCAAUGCAUGUCAACAGUCCAUAUCAGCUCAGUUGGCACUGUUCAAUUUGACAAACUGAACAUCAACCGUCUACAUACGGCAAGCCCUUGA